CCCAUCCCAUCCGUCUCUACUCCUCUCACAGCACUACAAACUACCUCAACAAUCCCCAAUCAUAUAUAUAGUGUAUCCCCACAAUGUCCCAACCCGACUACUCAACCUACCCCCUCGGCGACUGGGCCCUCCAAAGCGGCGAAAAGCUCCUAAACGCUCACAUCGCAUACAAAACGUUUGGGGAUCCUACCUUCCCCGCUAUUAUCUAUCCGACUUGGUUUUCGGGGUUACUCUCAGACAACUACUGGCUAAUCGGCACCGAUAAAACCCUCAACCCGGAGAAAUACUACAUCAUCCUCCCGGCCCUCUUCGGCAACGGCCAGUCGACGUCGCCGUCGAAUUAUACUGCCCCGGGCUCAUUUCCUAAAUGUUCGUUUUACGAUAAUGUGCGUGCGCAGCAUGAGCUCGUCACCAAGCAUCUGGGAAUCACUCAUGCGAGAGCGGUGCUGGGAUGGUCGAUGGGUGCGGGGCAGAGUUAUCAGUGGGCGACGCAGUAUCCGGGGUUCAUGGAUCUGGUGGUGCCGUUUUGUGGGUCGGCCAGGACGUCGUUGCAUAAUAAGGUGUUUUUGGAGGGGGUCAAGACGGCGUUGUUGGCUGCGAAGGGGGUGGUGUCGAGGGGGGCCGGGGAGGGGGCGGUGUUGAAGGAGGAGGAGGGGGAGACGUUGAGGGUUUGGGGGGAAAGGGAGAGGGAGGUUGGGUUGAGGGCUUUUGGGAGGGGGUAUGCGGGGUGGGGAUUCUCGCAGGCUUUUUAUAGGGAGAAGUUGUAUGAGACGGCUUUGGGGUAUAAGGAUUUGGAGCAUUUUAUGCAGAAUUUCUGGGAAAGUUGGGCGCUUUCGAAAGAUCCUGGAAACCUGUUGACGAUGCUGCAAACAUGGCAGAAUGGCGAUGUAUCCCUGCAGGAGCCGUAUAAUGGGGACUUUGAGAAAGCGUUGGGCGCCAUCAAGGCAAAGACCCUGGUGUUGCCUGGCAAGACGGACCUUUACUUCCCGCCGGAAGAUUCGGAAUACGAGGUUGCCUGUAUGCAGUCGGGAAUCGGAACUCUCGAUGUCUUUCCUUCUAUCUGGGGCCAUUGGGCGGGUGGACCGGGCCAGAGCAAGGACGAUGUCAGAUGGCUGGAUGAGCGGCUGGCGGAGUUCUUUGACAAGGACUGACAGUCUGCCGUAAUUUGUAAGCAGAUCUGAUGGCUGAUUAAGGGGGUAAUGAUACUAUGUAUGAAGAAAUCGAGAAAGGAUGCUAGUGUUAAUAGUAUUACAAAGUUCUGCGU